AUGGCAAUGAGGAAAAAAGUGAACACAAAACUUGUGCAAAAUGGCCCUAUACUUUCAAAGCAAAGACAGGAGUUCUUACAGAUGGAAUUUAUAGCUGCAGAUGUUAAGGAGGCUUUAUUCGAUAUUCCUGGAAGCAAAGCGCCUGGACCGGAUGGUUUUAGCAGCUAUUUCUUCCAAGAUAAUUGGGAGAUCAUUAAAGAGGAUGUUACAGAGGCUAUACUCUCUUUUCUGCAUUCAGGAAGACUUUUGAAAGAGCUGAACUCUACGUCUCUUACCCUCAUUCCCAAAGUGAAGUGCCCGAAGAGUGUUAGUGAUUUCAGACCAGUUGCUUGUUGCAACGUGGCAACAAAGAUGCUAUGCAAGAGAUUGAGAACAGUCCUACCAGAAUUAGUGGCUCAGAAUCAAAGUAGCUUUAUACAAGGGAGAUAUAUAGCUUAUAACAUAAUGGUUUGCCAAGACUUAGUGAAGCAUUAUGGAAGGAAAAAUGUAAGGCCGAAUUGCAUGAUUAAGUUGGAUUUGAGGAAGGCAUACGACACACUGGAAUGGGAUUUCAUAGAAGAAAUGAUGGUUGCAAUGAAAUUCCCACCGAAAUUCAUCCAAAUCUUGAUGGUAGGAAAGAAAAUAGAUUUUAAAUUCCAUGACAGGUGUUUGGAUAUGGAGCUCAACCAUCUUUAUUUUGCGGAUGAUGUGCUGAUCUUUUGCCACAGUGAUUUUAAAUCUAUCUAUUAUCUACUUCAAGGCAUGAAACUCUUUUCUAUGUCAUCUGGAUUGUAUCCAAAUGAACUGAAAUCUGCAUUGUACCGUUGUGGGAUGAAAGAAGAUGAAGUUCAAAGAGUAAUAGAUGCAUCGGGGUUUGCUCGGAGUAUUCUACCAUUCAAAUAUCUGGGGAUUCCAAUCUGUGCAAGAAGAUUAACAGCAGUGGAAUGUGGCACUAUAAUUGAGAAGAUGGCAUGGCUGAUUAAUGGUCUUGGGCAAGUAUCAUGGGACCGAUUGUGCAAAUCAAAAGCAGCAGGGGGUUUGGGUCUGAGGAAUACUAUCAAAUGGAAUGAAGCAGCCUUGGGAAAAUAUGUUUGGGCCAUUGCCACCAAACAAGACAACUUAUGGGUGAAGUGGGAAAAGGUCAAAUGGUUCAGGGAAGUUUGGAAUAGCUAUAAUAUACCAAAACAUAGGAUUAUAUUAUGGUUGGCUGUUCAAAACCGCCUCCAAACCAGGACUAGAGUAGCCAAAAUGAAAAUUUGUCAAGAAACUUCUUGCCUCCUCUGUAAAUCUGAGAUUGAAACAGCUGGGCAUCUCUUUUUUCAAUGUACAUUUAGUAACAGGAAUGUCUGCUUUUGGAAUAGCAAGAUGCAAACUGUUGAGAGUUGUGCACAACUAGUUAUGAAAGGAGUGAAGCAAAGAGAACAAAUUUUUGUAGAUACAAAGAUUACAAAGGAAGAAAAGGAAUAG